UAAAAAAUCAUGAGAAUAUUUUAUUGGCCAUUUGACUUGGUCCACCUUGACUCACAAAUCAAACCAUUAAACAUUCAAGUUCAUAUUUGCUUCUAUUCUAGUUAAACACUACUAUUGCAACACUUGGUGGUGCUUUCUUGCUUUACUUUCCUAACUAAGAUAAAAUUAAGAUGUCAAAGCAGCUUUUCCUUUUGCAUAAGGUGUUGAUAUUCUGUGUUCUAGCACUUGCCUCAGCUCAAAGUGCCAGCAAUGUUAAGGCUACAUAUCAAUUGUUCAAUUCUGAAAAAAGUAAUAAUAAGUGGGACUUGAAUACAUCGAAUGUAUUCUGUGCAGCUCAAGAUGGGAACAAACCGUUGUCAUGGAGAAGCAAAUAUAAUUGGGCUUCCUUCUGUGGACCUAUUGGGCCUGUUGGCAAAGCUGCAUGUGGCAAGUGCUUAAAUGUGACAAAUAGAGAAAAUAGAAAUACGACCUCCCAAAUAGUAAGAAUUGUUGAUAAGUGUAACAAUGGAGGUCUUGAUUUGGAUAUUACUGUAUUUCAAAAGCUUGACACCUUUGGGAACGGUAAAGCUCAAGGUUACCUAAUGGUGGAUUAUGAAUUUGUGGAUUGUGGUAUUAAAAAUUGCAAUAAUUGUGGUCCUUUUCUGAACGUGUCAACUCCGAAACAUGCACCAAAGCCAACAACACUCUUAGACUCGGUGUCGGUGGUUCCAAGCGUCUCGGUCUCACCAAAUUGCAGCAGGAAAAACCAGUUUGCAAGAAAUUGUAGUGGCAAUAUCAGUAAAAAUAGCUCAAUUCGAUUAUCUCCGACACCGGCGCCGGCACCAACACCAACAUUCUUACCUAUUCCUUCAUCACAAGGUCCUGAUGUUGUUUGCAAUAGCACACAUUGUAGCGUCGACAAUAGGUCAGUUACACUUCCGCCAACAUCCUUACCGCCUAGUCCUUCGUCAAAUUUUCCUCUACAAUUUCAUCGUACUACAAACGGUGGUCACUCUAGUUGGAGAACAAAAGUCGUUAUAGGUGUUGGAAGUGUAGUAAUGGCAGCAUUGUUGAUGUGUAUCACAAUUUGUUGUUUUCGAGGAAAAUUUCGGUAUAGGACAAAGAAUGAUAUAAAUAUUACAGCAUUUUUAAAAGAUCAUGGAGCUCUAAUGCAAAAACGAUAUAAAUUUUCAGAAAUAAAGAAAUUGACAAAUUCAUUCAAGGUUAAACUUGGUCAAGGGGGUUUUGGUGUUGUGUAUAAAGGAAAGUUACUCAAUGGUUCACAUGUGGCCGUAAAGAUAUUGAAUGCAUCAAAAGGAAAUGGUGAAGAAUUUAUUAAUGAGGUUGCUAGUAUUACUAGAACCUCUCAUGUUAAUAUUGUCACCCUUCUUGGAUUUUGUUUUGAAGGUAACAAAAAAGCUCUCGUAUAUGAAUUUAUGCCUAAUGGUUCUCUUGACAAAUUUAUUUACAAUAAGGGACUGGAAACCAUUGCAUCUUUGAGUUGGGAUAAACUGUAUGAAAUUGCCAAAGGGAUAGCUCGUGGAUUAGAGUACUUGCAUAGAGGAUGUACCACUCGAAUUUUACAUUUUGAUAUAAAACCACAUAACAUUCUUUUAGAUGAGAAUUUUUGCCCAAAGAUUUCAGAUUUUGGUCUUGCAAAGCUAUGCCCAAAGAAAGAGAGCAUUAUUUCGAUGUCAGAUGCUAGAGGGACAAUGGGAUAUGCAGCUCCAGAAUUGUGGAAUAGACAUUUUGGAGGAGUUUCACACAAGUCUGAUGUUUAUAGUUAUGGAAUGAUGUUGUUGGAAAUGGUUGGAGGGAGAAAAAACAUUAAUGCUGAUGCAAGUCAUACGAGUGAGAUAUACUUUCCUCAUUGGGUAUACAAUAGGCUUGAUCUUGGUAGUAAUUUAAGACCUGAUGGGAUAUUGGAUACAGAUGACGACGAGAUUGCAAGGAGAAUGAUCAUUGUGGGUUUAUGGUGCAUUCAAACAUUUCCUAGUGAUAGGCCUACAAUGAGUAAAGUGAUUGAAAUGUUAGAAGUUAACAUGAACUCGUUACAAAUACCACCAAAACCACUGCUUUCUUCGCCUACUAGAUCAAUAUCGGAGUCUUCCAAGACUUAAAAUUUGAGGGUAUUAUAGAGAUUGAUCAUAUUAUAUAUAUCCUGUAGAAGCUGGUAUAACUGCAUAUUCUUAUUAAGGGACAAAUUUAAAUUGUAUUUAUAUGCAAAAUAUAAGUAAACCACAAGGUGUCCCAAGGAGUGUGUUGUCAUGGAAAUGUAACAGAGGGGUUUCUUAAUUUAUUUCAUAAAUCACAUCUAUAAAAAGAUAAUUGGAAAUUACAAAAUUA